CACCGCGCACCCGCCGCACCUGACGCACGCGCGUCGCACCGCAUGGCUCCAAGAUGGCCGACACAGCGUCCGGGAGCUCCGGCACGCGCUCGGGCAGCAAGCUCGCCAGCACCCCCGCGGAUAACUAUUACCUGGCCCGGAGGAGAACCCUGCAGGUGGUGGUCAGCUCCCUGCUGACUGAAGCCGGGUUCGAGAGCGCCGAGAAGGCGGCGGUGGAGACGCUGACGGAGAUGCUGCAGAGCUAUAUUUCUGAAAUUGGAAGGAGUGCAAAGUCCUACUGUGAGCAUACAGCCAGAACACAGCCUACACUCUCAGACAUAGUGGUUACUCUUGUGGAAAUGGGCUUCAAUGUUGAAACACUCCCUGCAUAUGCCAAGCGCUCCCAGAGGAUGGUGAUCACUGCCCCUCCUGUGACAAACCAGCCCGUGACUCCCAAAGCUCUGACAGCUGGGCAGAACAAGCCACAUCCAUCCCACAUCCCUGGCCAUUUCCCUGAGUUUCCAGAUCCUCACACUUACAUCAAGACACCAACGUACCGAGAGCCAGUGUCUGAUUACCAAGUUCUGCGGGAAAAGGCAGCGUCUCAGCGGCGUGAUGUGGAGAGAGCUCUCACACGUUUCAUGGCCAAGACAGGAGAAACUCAGAGCCUCUUCAAGGAUGAUGUGAGCACAUUCCCAUUGAUUGCUGCCAGGCCUUUCACUGUGCCCUACCUGACAGCUCUUCUUCCCUCUGAGCUGGAAAUGCAGCAAAUGGAAGAAACAGAUUCAUCUGAGCAAGAUGACCAGACAGACACUGAGAACCUCCCCCUGCACAUGAGCACGGAUGACUCAGGACCCGAAAAGGAAAAUGCUUCAGUGUUACAGCAGAACAACUCCCUGUCAGGCAGUCGAAAUGGGGAGGAAAAUCUGAUAGACAAUCCUUACCUCCGGCCUGUGAAGAAGCCCAAGAUCCGCAGAAAGAAGUGAGGGGGAGGCAGUGGCUGCUUGGAGGAAGAAUAACCCCAGGGGUUCAACUCUGCUGCUGUGGGUGAGAGGUGUGGAAAGGCAAUCCAGCUGGGGAGUGGAAGCAGAAGAGUCAUCUCACUCUGCCUUCACCCUCAUCCUGGUUUCCAGUGCUCCCUCUUUUCCCUCUGUUUUCCUGCAGACUCAGAACAGUCAGUGGUCAGUUGCCUUAAAAGUGUGGGAGGCCACUGGGUUACAGCUGGGAAUUGUCUCCUUUGGGUUCUCCUCACUGUCAGCAGGAUUUGUGACAGGGGACACAAAGGUUCUUGCUGCUCAGUGCUUCCCAGCAGACUGCAGAAUACAAAGGCAUAAUUUGUUUCUGGCUGUAUGGCAGGCUAGGAAAAAACCUCCUGCAAUCAACCUUCUAACCUAAGGAGCAUGUGUUAGCAGAGGCAGGAAAAUCUCAGGUUUCUUUCUCUGGAUUCUUGGCAGGUAAAAGCAAACAGACUUUUCUUUUAUAAACUAAAGGCAUCUGAUAUGUUGGUAAGGGAGUGAAGUGUAAAUACAUAGCUAAGAUGGCAUUUUAUUCUCACUUUUCUGACUGCAGCUGCACUUGUAACUUGAAAGUGCUGAGUGUGGUGUUUACCCUGUUCUGAGAUUAGAUUUUAGCAGUAUGAAUAGCAAGCUUUAACAGCUGCUUAAGGCAAUUUUUCAGUUCUGGUGUUCAUUUCAAGACAGCACAGGUCCUUUGAGAGUUUACACCUUCACCAGCUGUUUUGAAAGAUGCUGUGCUGAAAAACUUGGAAUAUGGAAUAAAGCUGUAUUGAUCACAGUCUGCAAGGCCCUGCUAUUGAUUGCACUUUUUUGUUUUGUCCCUUCUCAAAUACAAGAUUGGAAGUUGCUCUUUUUUUUCCCUCCUUUAUUUCCCCAGGGCAGCAGACUUUAUAUCAGCAGUUAAAACAACUGAUAAUGGGAAUAUUGUAAUUAUUAGCAGGUUCUGGAAGGGCUUUGCUUUCAUUUUUGUUCAGCCUUUACUUGGGCAAAAUAUGGGUUAAAUUUCUUUGACAAAAGACUUCCCAAGUUUGGUCAGGUAUCACAAGCAUCUCAUCUGGAUGAAAAUGGGCUGAGAGAGGCAGCAAAGACUGCUGGCUACAGACUGCCAGGCAGCUUGUGUUUCCUAGAGCAGUAGUUGAGUGCAAGAAGUCUGUUGCAGUUACUGAGAAAUCAGAAUUAUGGGUGUACAUGUUCACCUCUGUUCAGUUAAGGAAUCUCUCCCAGGCCUCCCUCUUUCCUCAUCAUCCAGGGGGGAGGAAGAUAAAAAGCAGUAAAAUUGGUUCUCUGAGAACCAACUAAUUUGAAAUCCUGCCAACUAAUUUGAAAUGGUAUCUCUAGGGAAAAGGUCCUGCAUGUGCCAUUGUCACUUCUGCUGGUGCCUUGGUUGUACAAAAUCAACAGAUGUACAGAGACAUUGUGGAUGUAUGUAUAUAUGAAAAUUUAUGGUUUUUUACUUGGAUUAAGCAUCUUUUGUAAUGAGAAAAUCCCUCGCUGGGGAGGGGAAAAAUGUAGAAUGAAAAUAGUAAUUUUUAUGUUCAUAAUAAAAGAAAAUCUAUGUCC